AUGCAGAAACUUUUGGCUUACUUACUACUAUUGAUUUUCUUUCAGUGGAAAGAUGUCCUGGGCCUUAACCUUAAUCAGACCGUCGACGUGGUCAAGCUGGCCAAGUUAGUGCAGCCCUCAGGACCCCAGGGCCGUGUAAUUGGCGGCGAAGUGACCACAAGCGAAAAACUGGGAGGCUACUUGGUAGUCUUGCGCUACACCAAGGACUUCGUCUGCGGUGGGACUCUGAUCCACGACCUUAUUGUCCUGACGGCAGCCCAUUGCUUCACCGGCCGGCCCCGGAUUAGGGAAUGGACCGUAGAGGGUGGCGUUUCAAAACUCACGGAUCGGGGAAUAAUGCGCCGCGUGAAGACCAUCGUCAAAUCGAAGCAGUUUCGGGACAGUGACAUGAACAUGGACGUGGCCCUGAUUCGCCUUGAUAAAGCCAUGACCGGUAAGAAUAUUGGAAAGUUGGCCUUGUGUUCAAACCAUUUGAGGACGGGAACCUUAAUGAAAGUCUCCGGAUGGGGUAUGAUCAAGGAGGCGGGCAUGGGGCCUGAAACACUGCUGCGAACGGUAACAGUGCCAGUUUUAGGAAGAAGGAAAUGCCGUAAAGAUUAUAAGCCAACUGCCGUUUUAACUGACAGUAUGUUUUGCGCCUCGAUUUUGGGUAAAAAGGAUGCUUGCACCUUCGACUCUGGCGGUCCUCUGGUCUAUCAAAAUCAGGUCUGCGGGAUUGUGUCCUUUGGCCUGGGAUGUGCCAGUCCUAAAUAUGCAGGUGUCUACACGGAUGUGGUCUACACCAAGCCUUUCAUCGAGAAAACCAUGAAAAUAUUAUUGUAAUAUAAAAUUACAUCCUAAAAUUGGCAA